AUGUCACUGCAAACAAUCAACCGCGAAGCGGAGUAUUACACAGGCACCAUGCCUUCUGUCUUCUCGAGCAACCACACCUUCAACUACUCCUGGGACGAGGUAUCGACCGCCAACUGGCGGAAGUACUGCCCAUGGAACGACAAGUCUACACAUGUCACCGGCGUCGACACGCUGUCGCGAGAUGUCGAUCCCGCGACCGGCAUCCUGCGUACGGAGCGUCUCAUCACCUGCAAGCAAAGUGCCCCGGAAUGGAUCAAGGCAUUGAUAGGGGCUGGUGAUGAGUCACACGUCUACGAGUGCUCCUACGUCGAUCCCGCCAACAAGACCGUGACCAUGGUUUCAUGGAACCUCACUUGGUCAAACGUUCUCAACGUCCAAGAGACCGUCACGUACAAGCCUCUCAAUGAGCACCAGACCCAGUUUGGUCAAAGUGCCCAGAUCACUGCCCUGUGCGGUGGCUGGCAGAGGAUAAAGAACAAGAUCGAGGAGUUUUCGGUCUGUCGCUUCAAGGAGAACGCGAUCAAGGGCAAGGAGGGUUUCGAGGCCGUGCUUGAAAUGAGCCGGAGAGUCUUCGCCGAGGAGAAGCUGCGAGAAAAGCUACAGAUCCAGUCGUCCGCCUUGGCUAUUGCCCAAUAG